AGGCUGGUCUUUGCGCUUUGGCGUACAACGAGGUUUGCUUCUAUCGGAAAGAAGUUGUCCGCAUCAGCAUCUCACGAUGAAGGAAGGAUACGUAGUCGGCGAGGAGGCCCGCCAGAACAGCGGCGGCUGCUCCCCGCUUCUGAAGGGCAUCAUUAUCGGUGGUCUGACCGCCAGUGUCGUGGUCGGCCUGGCGUUCUUCCUCGUCACCCUGACCAAGGCGGAGUACAACACCGAGAAGGACGUGUCCUGUAUCCGGGAGGAUCUGAAGGAGAUGUGCUGCCGCAUCACUGCUCUGGAGAAGAUCGCCAAGGACUGGGAGUGCGAGUGUGAGAAAAUGAAACAACAGUUGGCUGAGAAGGAGAAGGAGGACUGUGACAAGGCUGAGCAGCAGGAGGAGUUAGCCGCGACCGCAGCGGCGGCGGCAGAGGCAGUGGAGACCGUGGCCAGGGCAAAGAGGGCCGCUCUCACUCUCGAGAAGCUGUUUGACCUUCCUGACAAGAUGGUGGAGGUGAACUAGGUCAUCCAAGGGGGACUAUACCUGCCCAGCCAGUGUCGUAUGGUCCCAUCAACCGUCAAACACACCGGGCAAGGACCCGGAUGUAGAAAACAGGGGCGGAACCAGUCAGAACCGGAUAUUCACUGCCUACAGAUCGUGUCGAUCCAACAUCUCCAUUUUCCCUUUCGAGACAUGACAUCACAGACUUCUUGGCUUCCUGAAUUCCCCCAUGCCCACCACUACUGUAAUUUCUACCGACCAGAUUCCAAGGCCUUCACGUUCACCUCAUUUACUGUGUCUGGCCGUUUGAAUUCUUUUAUUUCUACCUGUGAAAUCUUCCCAUCCACGUGAUGUCAACCUACUCUGUACGGACAAACAGAUACACAAACUCACAGUUCAGCUACCCAAAACAAUACUUCCGUACCCGGACGUACUGACGUUUGCAUAGAUUUUGAUCCGCCGUUGUGUUUAGUCUUUGGCUGGUGUUUAGUCUUUGGUUGAAUGCUUGUUGACCAUUGUUUUUUAAAGAGAGGGACCAGUAAAUGAACUUCCCACUAGAACAUAUGGUUAAGCAAUGAAUAAAAAAACAGCCCGAAACACAUUUGAUUUAGUUGUCUUUCAAACCUCGAGCUCACGUCUCCAUACCCCCACUCAAGCUGACUUUGCCAGCACUGUUUGGUACAAAAAGUGGGAGGUCAACACCGUCACUUCAAAAAGCUGCAGCAGCCAAAAUGUUGAUAUGGCACCAGGAUUUCACCCCCUGUCGUAAUGGACCAGUCCAGCCAAGGUCAUUUUUCAUUUUAGGGGCCAAUUGCAACUCCAAACAUGACAAAAGUUACAAUGUUUGACCGAAUUUUGAAAACAAACAUUUUGUUCUUCUUCACCCUGGUAGGAAGCUGGACCUUUCACGGAGGAAAACACACAAAUAAAAUUCCAUCGAGGCGCAACUCACUUACUGGUCCCUCCCCUUCGUUACAAGGACGAAAAGACAACAGCCUGUAUUAAAUGUAGCGAACGAGAAAAAUAAAAACUAUAGCAAGACGUGA